AUGACAAGUCCACCCAUAUGUUCAUCCUUGCUCACUCGGCGCGUGGAAACGCACCUCUUGGUGUACCUUCUCACCAAAUUGUUCACAUAUCUCAUCCCCUGCGACGCACAUCAUACAAGACGUGGGUAUGCAGAUCCCCACGUUGAAAACACAGUGAAUCACCCAAAUAAGGCAGCUCGCAAAUCAAGUCUCUAA